AUGGGUGACAAAAAAAUUGAUGAACUAAUCAAAUCUAUAAAUGUGAUGCGUUCUCAAAUGGACAGUUUUGGUAAACAACAAAAGGACUUCGGAAAACAAAUUGCUGAUCUCAAGACGGAGCUUAGCAAGACAGUUCAACUCAAAUAUGAUUCCUGUGUCCGGAAAAUAAAUCGUGUCGAAAAAAAGGUUGACAACGCUUUAAUGAAUGAAAGGAAAGUUACUAAGGUCAUAGUUAAUGGAGUUCCUUUCAAAUCAAAGGAAAAUCUGGCUCAAAUUUUUUCAUCCUUAUCCUCGAAGCUUGGUUAUACAGUAACUCCUGAUGCUAGAAUCUACCGGUUCAAAGGAGAAAAUAUCAAUAGAUCAAUUGUCAUCGAGUUUCCAAAUGAAUUUUAUAAAGAAGAAUUUUUCAAUCGACACUUAAAAGUUGCGAAAGAUCUCAAGCUCUCUUUGCUACCAGGUUUCGAGGGAAGUGAUGAUCGCAUCUACAUUCAGCAUGACAUCACUGCACUACAAUAUAGAGUCAAUAAAUGUGCUAUGGAUUUUCUGAAGGCUGGUGUAGUUGUGAAAGUUCGUAUUAUUCAUGGUGCAGUUGGAAUCAAGUUUAAAUCUGAUGAAAACUUCAGUUUCUUCACAACACCUGAUGAGCUUGCUGCUGAAGCUAAGAAGCUGAAAGACGUGCAACCUGUGCUCUUGGAUUAA